CUCCGGAGUUGAGGACGGGAAUAUGUAAACGGGGAAUGGGCCAUUGGCAACGGGACUACUCACUACAGUCACGCAGGACGGGUGCUUGACAGGAGAGACGAGGAAGCCGGACGGUCUGCAGCGGCUUCAGAGAGCGAAGCGGCCACGCGCCCCACAGCCCUUUGAUUUCCCCCACGCACGACGGAGCGCGUGAGGAAUACGGCACCAAAGAUGAACACGAUUGUGUUCAACAAACUUAGCAAUCAGGUUCUGUUCGAGGAGAAAGCCAAGGAGGUGGAGAGGAGCAGCAGGAAUUAUUUGGAAGUGAUCGAUGGACAGCACGCAGACCUUCUCUCGGGCAACCCCGCAAUCAAAGACAGCUCAGCCAUCCGCCACCGGCGUGCGGGGUCCCGUCAGAACGGCGGAAAGGUGAGACACAAGCGGCAAGCGCUGCAGGACAUGGCCCGGCCCCUGAAGCAGUGGCUGUACAAGCACAGGGACAACCCGUACCCCACCAAAACAGAGAAGAUCCUCCUGGCCCUGGGCUCACAGAUGACGCUGGUCCAGGUAUCGAACUGGUUUGCCAAUGCUCGCCGGCGGCUCAAGAACACCGUGAGACAGCCAGACCUGAGCUGGGCCCUGCGGAUAAAGCUCUACAACAAAUACGUGCAGGGCAACGCAGAGAGACUCAGCAUCAGCAGCGACGACACCUGCUCAGAAGAUGCCACAUUCUCAAACAGAUGUAUUCAGCGCUCAAAUGGCGAGAACCCCGCUCACACGCAAUCGGGUCCCGUGGACCACACCCAGCCCACGUACCAGAGCGUGAUCAAGAAGGAGGGGGGCGGCGCCUCGGCCCUGUCGCUGCACCACCACCCCGGGGCGGGCGAGGGCGCUCUGCCCGAGGACUACGUGUCUCCGCCCAAGUACAAGAGCAGCCUGCUGCACCGCUACCUGAACGACUCGCUGCGCCACGUGAUGGCGGGCAGCGUGAUGGGCGCGGCGGCCCGCAAGCGCCACCACUCCGGCUCCUACAGCUCCAACGAGUACGAGGACGAGCUGCUGUCGCCCUCCUGCUCCGAGCCCGAGGCCAGCUUCGUCUACCGCACCGACCCGGUGGAGCAUGGAUCAAGUAAAUGUGACAACUCCAGCGCGGGGCCGAGGGAAAAGGGCCGGGGGAAAGAGGAGACGUACUGGAAGGAGAUCAACGCGGCCAUGGCCCUGACCAACCUGGCCCACGCCAAGGACGGCUCCUCAGGAACCACCAGCUGCAUCAUCCAGAAGUCCUCACACAUAGCCGAGAUAAAGACUGUCAAAGUCCCCAUACUGCACAAGUACUGACCCGCUCGCUCCUAGCAGCUCACACACUCAC